GCUACAAGAUUUUGUACGUGUGGACGUCAAAUUUUUUGUGUAUAAUUUUUAAUAAAUUUGUAGUGUUAACGAAUUAUUGAAAAAUUUUCAGUGCAAUUUUUGAAGCAGCAAUUCUUUGGCAUUUUAGCAGAUAUAAGCGGAUUUACAAAAGUUCUGGUUUGUAAAAGCUUCAAACAAAAACUGACAAACAAAAUGAUUGUGAAAGUUCCUUCAAAUGAUUGGUCUGACCAAUUUGAAUAUGUAGUGGAGGAGGAUGAUUCCCUAUCAGAUUUGGAAGAUGAACAGGAUUUCUCCGAGUACUUGUGGAUGGAGAAUGAAGAAGAGUUCGAUAAGAAUGAAUUGAAACGUCUCGAAGAAGAGGACAUUAUGAAAGAGUGCAUUGAGGCAAUGCUUGAGGACGAGCUCGAAGCUGAAUUGGCUGAGUGGCAGAAAGCAAAGACGGAAGAAUUAAAUGCAGCAUUAUCCUCGCUCGCUGUGAGCGAAUGCAAUGUAGAGCAUUCCAUUCUAAAUCCUCUGGCCGCUGAAUUCGUUCCGCAAAAGCAUAUAAUUGAUCUAGGUACUUCGUAAGCCUAACAUUAUUUAUUUCACACACCACAAACUGGAAUCUAAUGCAACAUACGACGUUUAAAUAAAAUCAUCAAAACGCAACGCAUCAACAAUACUAUCGGAAAUUGUAGUUGGCCAUUAACACCAAGAGGCGCAUAAAAUUCAAGGAAAAGGAAUCACAAAUAAGCAUACAAAAAAACUAAAAGCCAAACAAAAAGCAAAAAAAUAAUUUUGAAUUACAAUAAUUUACUCAAGCUGACUUUUUGUUGCCAUGCGCUAUUUCUAAAAAAUUUUACAGCUAAUAUUUUAGCAAGUUGUUUGUUGCAAGUCCAACGUACAAAUCGCUUUUAAUUUAUUGUGGGUAUUUAUACACAUUUAUAUUCAUAUAUUUUUCAUAAUUACCUCAACCCACGCAUAACUUUCGAAUCGUCCUAUGUUAUUAUCGAGACGAUCUACUUGAUUCAGGAAGACUCUUGCCUCAGACUGCAACAGCAGUGCAAACGAGAAUGAGAGCAUUUCGGCCAUUUUUUGUUUGUUGUAAAAACAUUUAUCUAGUUUUAAAUAAGUGAUAAAAUGAUAAAUUGUUAGUCCAGAGUUGAUAUUAGGAAGAUUUGA